AUGCUUCCCAAUGAUCAGGUGGCAAGCGAUGGGUACACGGCCAGGGCGCUUCACAUGAAACGGCUGGGUGGCAACACCAAAAGCAAAAUCUUCAAUGAUUUGUUGAGCAAGAUCUUGGCCAGACACGCUGACAAUCGUGUCAACCCAACGAUUCUGAUCCCUUAUCACUCCGUACAAAGCACUGGAGAAAGGCUCCUGUUUGUUCCGGCACAUCUUCAAGGUCUUUCUUGGUGUCACCUGUUGGCAACCCAGCAGCCACCCAAUCAUCCCAAGCUGUAUCGCUGUCCCCCGGUGGCCAGUAGUAAAACUUAA